AUGGGCAUAUUCAAACAUGGCCCCUCCGACUACCCGUCGUUUCUGUUGUGGCUGCUAGACGAGACCCAUGUGACAGUCACCGCAGCCACGGCGCUCGUUAUCCUCUGUACAAGAAGCGCCCACUCGGUGUACUUUGGGCUCGGUGCAGUUGGGUCCACGCUGAUUGCACGAGGAAUCAAGCGCACGAUCCGUCAACCUCGCCCACCCCCUCCAUCAGAGAGCAAGCCGUCUCCGGUGCGGCCAAAGAAGACUUACGGGAUGCCCAGUACACACUCGACUGCCAUCGCCUUUUACUUUGUUUACCUCUGGCCGUUGUGUCCGAUGGUGUUGAACGCUUGGGUCGAGAGGGCUGCCCUGAGCCUCGUCGGAGGCAUGACGCUUUGGAGUCGUAUUGAGCUAGGCUAUCACACGGUCCCGCAGGUCGUUGCUGGCUCCACGGUCGGUGCUGUCAGCGCACUUGUCUGGUCAGCCUUGUGGAGCGCGUACCCUGCCAUCCAGCCUGCUCUCCAGAACACCAUUGACAACUGCGUCGGCCUUGUAUUGUAA